AUGGCACUGCUGACCGCUCAGAUUUUACGACAGCUAAGUAGACGGCUGUUUUCACGUGGUCGGAGACGUGCUCUUCUGAAUCCCGUCAAGAGCGCGUCGUUGUUAACAAAUAAUCAGCAAGCGACGAGGAACAUUCUAUUCAAGAUGAGUAAUGAUACACCACCUCGUGUUGUUGGUUACUAUGUUAUUUUUCCGGUAAUUCCUGAUGAAACGGUAGAAAACAAUAAAUAUUUGGCCAAUAUAGCGUCAAGCACUGACUGGCCACUUCUAUCAUCUGCGACUCCGAAAGAAAUGUACGAAGGAACGUUGCGUUUAAUGAUGGAAUAUGGCGCUACUGUAAUGGAACACUUGGAACAUCUUAAGACAGCCACAUGCUCAUUCUGUCUCAGUGGCAAUAUACCAUCGUGUCGUGAAUUUACUCAGUUGAAUGGAAUUUCAGCGAAAGAAGAUGAACGUUCAUUCGAAACUGUUGUUGAUCCGUUGUUGACAGAAGAGUACGAUGUGAAUUAUGCCUUUCAGACAUUAAUUUUGAAGAUGUUGACUGAUUGGCCUUUGUGUAGUAAUCGUGAAUUCGAAUCUGAUAUGCAUCAUGUUCGUUCAGUUUUUUGUUCGACCUUAAGCAUGUUUGAUUCCUUGACUUUACUCAAUUACAUUAUCAUCUGUUCAUUAGUUUCACACAGAAAUCAUUGUAAAACGUGA